UUUUAUAUUUCAGGUUUCAUUCUUCAUUUUAACAAUAAUUGUUUUGGAAAUUGGAGGGUUCACGCCGCCGCCGUGUUUGUUUAUAAUAUAAUAUAUUAUUAUUCCCAUCAGUCGGUUACAUACUAAGACUAACGUGUGUCCACUGUCCAUACUCCGUAAUAUUACGUGAAAUAUAUCAUUUUUCAAACACUCACUGUAUUAAAUCAACUUUUCAGACAUCGGAGUUUGGUAAGGAUUUAACCUGUUAAUGAACAUUGAUUUAUUACCAAUUCCAUCUUUACAAUGUCGGUUGAAAAAGACAUAAUUAAAAUACAAAACAAGUUACAAAGCAUGUCCGACGAAAAUGCUGACCAAACCCAAGCUCUUGAUUUACUGAAAGCUCUCAAAGACCUUCCGAUCACGCUGGACAUACUUACUAAGACUCGUGUGGGAAUGACUGUCAAUUCAUUCCGAAAAAGCUGCAAAGAUGAAGAAGUAAUUACAUUUUCGAAAGCAUUGAUUAAAAAUUGGAAAAAACUAUUAAGUGGAGACAAGUCUGUACCUCAAGAGCCGAAGAAAGAUAAAAAAGAGCGUAAAAAGUCCGAGGAAAGAGAACAAAAAAUAGAUGCUAAGAAAGAUACGCCAAAACCAGUCGUAUUUCCAACACCAUCAACAACAGAUGCAAUUCGUCUUAAAUGUCGCGAUUUACUAAUCACCGCAUUGAAAACUGAAGAUGAAUUUGGUGGUUGUGCGUCAAUUGAAGAACUUGCUGAUGAACUAGAAGAUGCCAUUUACUCAGAGUUUAAAAACACUGAUGCUCGGUACAAAAACAGAGUAAGAAGUAGAUACUCAAAUCUAAGAGAUGCUAAAAACCCACAACUAAGAAGCAAUUUUAUUGCUGGCGCUAUUACUCCUGCUCAAUUAGCUAAAAUGACUGCUGAAGAGAUGGCCAGUAACGAAAUGAAAACAUUGAGAAAUAGACUCAUUAAAGAAUCUAUAGAUGAUGCUCAAUUGGCGACUGUACAGGGAACUUCAACUGAUUUAUUGAAAUGUGGUAAAUGUAAGAAACGAAAUUGUACCUACAACCAAAUCCAAACAAGAAGUGCUGAUGAACCAAUGACAACCUUUGUUAUGUGCAAUGAAUGUGGUAACAGAUGGAAAUUUUGUUAGAUUAAUAAUACAGAUGUUCAGUUUAGGUCUUGAUGGAGCACCUAAAUAUAUGUAUAAUAAUUGUAUUUUUUUCUUCAUUUUUUAUUUAAAAAAAAAAUUGAAGUUGAUAUGCCUACAAAUUCAUUAUUCACUAAUAGAACUUUUUUAGUAUUUAAAGAAAACUCAUUUGUGAGAUCGGUUUUAUGUACCUAUGACCUAUAUUUAAUAUAUAAAUAAAUUUAUAUUAUUGAGUGUGACUAAAA